CUUGAUCUCGCUGUACUCAAUAUAAAAACGUCAAUGAAUUGUGGUGGACGAGAUGCGCCCGUGUGUCCACCGUCGCUGCCACCCUCACUACAUUCUUCAUUUGUAUCGGCAGUCGAAGAUUCAUCUCCUUCGGCCGCAGGUCUCUAUCAUUUAGACCCAACUGAACUGCAAAGCUUCGCCAUUCAAGUUGCUAAUGGAAUGGCUCAUAUCGAAUCACUUGGCAUCAUUCAUCGUGAUUUGGCUGCCCGAAACAUCUUGGUUGGUCGUGGGAAUCAGUUGAAGAUCAGUGAUUUUGGUCUGUCCAGGCAUGGUGUUUACGUUAAGACGAGUAAAGGCGUUAUACCGUUGCGAUGGCUUUCCAUUGAAGCCAUUCAACAUAAUCUCUAUUCAACAAAAAGCGAUGUCUGGGCGUACGGUGUGGUGCUUUGGGAAAUUUGUACCCUUGGAGGAUUCCCAUAUCCGACAGUGAGCGAUAAGGACAUUCUGAAGUAUUUGCAACAAGGGAAUCGUCUCGAGAAACCAACGUCUUGCUCGAAUGACAUUUAUGAUGUGAUGAUGCAGUGUUGGGCGCACAACGCUUCAGAUCGACCGUCAUUUGCGUAUUUAUGUGAGCAUUUGAGCGAUCUGAACAGUCAACAAUGUCCUUACGUGGAAUUUGCACCAGACAAUGAACUGCCUCCACAAGAUGGCUACUGCGAGCUGAGUGAUAAGCCGGUCACACACGCUCUACCAUCAGCAAUUGGCCUUUCAAUGGAUGCAAAAUUCGCUGCAAAUCCGAUUUCGAUGCCAACUAUCCUAUAA